AAGGGGCGGAGGAGCGUAUUCACGUUGGCCGCGCGGGACCGUUAAAUUUGAAACUUGGAGGGUUUGAGGUGGCUGGUUUGCCAAGGAGUCGGGUGCAAACUUUUGUCCCUCUGGUCGCUUUGUUACUUCUAAGGGCAGGUUGCGGAAGAAAUUCCAGGCGGUCUGCGGCCCUGAAGAAAGGCCUGCGGCAGGAGGAGGGCUUGAACCGGGAAUGCAGGAUGGCGGCGACGAAGAAGGAAGGGGGUGCUCUGAGUGAAGCCAUGUCCUUGGAAGGAGAUGAGUGGGAACUGAGUAAAGAAAAUGUCCAACCGUUACGGCAAGGGCGGAUCAUGUCCACACUUCAGGGAGCAUUGGCACAGCAAGAAUCUGCCUCUAACACUACUCUUCAGCAACAGAAACGGGCAUUUGAAUCUGAAAUUCGGUUUUACACUGGAAAUGACCCUCUGGAUGUUUGGGAUAGGUAUAUUAAUUGGACAGAGCAGAACUAUCCUCAGGGGGGGAAAGAGAGUAAUAUGUCAACAUUAUUAGAAAGAGCUGUUGAAGCACUACAAGGAGAAAAACGAUACUAUAACGAUCCACGAUUUCUUAGUCUUUGGCUCAAAUUGGGACAUUUAUGCAAUGAGCCUUUGGAUAUGUACAGUUAUUUACACAGCCAAGGGAUUGGUGUUUCACUUGCUCAGUUCUAUAUCUCAUGGGCUGAAGAAUAUGAAGCUAGAGAAAACUUUAAGAAGGCAGAUAAGAUAUUUCAGGAAGGAAUUCAACAGAAGGCGGAACCACUGGAACGACUACAGUCACAGCACCGACAAUUCCAAGCUCGAGUGUCUCGGCAAACUGUGUUGGCCCUUGAGAAAGAAGAGGAGGAGGAAGUUUUUGGAUCUUCUGUACCACAACGAAGCACACUGGCAGAACUAAAGAGCAAAGGGAAAAGGACAGCAAGAGCUCCAAUCAGCCGUGUAGGAGGUGCUCUUAAGGCUCCAAACCAGAACAGAGGACUCCAAAAUCCAGUUCCUCAACAGAGGCAAAGUAAUUCCAGAAUUACUAUUUUUGAUGAAAAUGCUGAUGAGGCUUCUAGAACAGAGUUGUCUAAGCCUACAGUUCAGCCAUGGAUAGCACCCCCUGUGUCCAGGGCCAAAGAAAAUGAGCUGCAGCCCGGCCCUUGGAACACAGGCAGACCUUUGGAAUACAGGCCUCGUGGUGGUACAGCUUCUGUGACCACUGUACCCCCUCUGCUUCCCAGUUUUACUCCAUAUGUUGAAGAAACUGCACAACAGCCAGUUAUGACACCAUGUAAAAUUGAACCUAGUAUAAACCAUAUUCUAAGCACAAGAAAGCCUGGAAAGGAAGAAGGAGAUCCCCUGCAAAGAGUCCAAAGCCAUCAGCAAGAGUCUCAGGAGAAGAAGGAGAAGAUGAUGUAUUGUAAGGAGAAGAUUUAUGCAGGGGUGGGGGAGUUCUCCUUUGAAGAGAUCCGGGCUGAAGUUUUCCGGAAGAAAUUAAAAGAGCAAAGGGAAGCUGAGCUACUGACCAGUGCCGAGAAGAGAGCAGAAAUGCAGAAACAGAUUGAAGAGAUGGAGAAGAAGCUAAAAGAAAUUCAAACUUCUCAGCAAGAAAGAACGGGUGAUCAGCAUGAAGAGAAGAUGCCUACAAAGGAGACGGCUGAACUGCAAAUUGCUUCAGGGUCUCAGGAAGUACCAGGAAUGGCUCUAUCCAGUUCUGUUUGUCCAAUAAACUCUUGUGCCAGAGAGACUUCACCUGAAGAAAACAUUUGGCAAGAACCUCAUUCUAAAGGUCCCAGUUUACCUUUCUCCAUUUUUGAUGAGUUUCUUCUUUCAGAAAAAGAAAACACCAGUCAUCCUGCAGCUCCCCCACGGAUAUUAGCCCAACGAAGACCCCUUGCAGUUCUCAAAACUUCAGAAAGCAUCAACUCAAAUGAGGAUGUGUCUCCAGAUAUUUGUGAUGAAUUUACAGGACUUGAACCCUUGAGUGAGGAUGCUAUUAUCACAGGUUUCAGGAAUGUAACUCUAUGUCCUAAUCCAGAAGAUACCUGUGACUUCGCCAGAGCAGCACGUUUUGUAUCCACUCCUUUUCAUGAGAUAGUGUCCUUGAAGGAUCUCCCUUCUGAUCCCGAGAGACUGCUGCAGGAGGAGGAUCUAGAUGUGAAGAUCUCUGAGGACCAGCAGACUGCUUGCGGCACCAUCUACAAUCCAACUCUCAGCACCAAGAAGCUCAGCCCAAUUAUCGAAGACAGCCGUGAAGCCACACACUCCUCUGGGUUCUCUGGAUCUUCUGCCUCAAUUACAAGUUCCUCCUCCAUCAAAUGUCUUCAGAUUUCUGAGAAACUGGAGCUUACUAAUGAGACUGCAGACAACCCUACUCAGUCACCCUGGUGUCCCCAGUAUCGCAAACAACUACUGAAAUCUCUAAUGGAGCUGAGGGCCUCUGCAGAGUUUUUUAUAGAAGAUAGACCAAUGCCUAAGUUGGAAAUAGAAAAGGAAAUUGAACUGGGUAAUGAGGAUUAUUGCAUUAAACAAGAAUACCUAAUAUGUGAUGACUACAAAUUAUUCUGGGUGACACCAAGAAACUCUGCAGAGUUAACCAUAAUAAAGGUAUCAUCUCAACCUGUCCCAUGGGACUUUUAUAUCAACCUCAAGUUAAAGGAACGUUUAAAUGAGGAGUAUGAUCAUCUGUGCAGCUGUUACCAGUACCAAGAUGGUUGUAUUGUUUGGCACCAAUAUAUAAACUGCUACACCCUUCAGGAUCUUCUUCAACACAGUGAACUUAUUACCCAUGAAAUAAUAGUGUUAGUUAUUUAUAACCUUUUGACAAUAGUGGAGAAAUUACACAGAGCAGAAAUAGUCCAUGGUGACUUGAGUCCAAAGAGUCUGAUUCUUCGAAACAGAAUCCACGAUCCCUAUGAUUAUAAUAAGAACAAUCAAGCUUUGAAGAUAGUGGACUUCUCCUACAGUGUCGACCUUAGGGCACAUCCUGAUGUUUUUAUCCUCAGCGGCUUUCGGACUGUACAGAUCCUGGAAGGACAAAAGAUCCUGGCUAACUGUUCUUCUCCCUACCAGGUAGAUCUGUUUGGUAUAGCAGAUUUAGCACAUUUACUAUUGUUCAAGGAACACCUACAGGUCUUCUGGGAUGGGUCCCUCUGGAAACUUAGCCAAAAUAUAUCUGAGCUAAAAGGUGGUGACUUGUGGAAUAAAUUCUUUGUACGGAUUCUGAAUGCCGGUGAUGAGUCCACAGUGUCUGUUCUGAGGGAACUUGGAGCAGCAAUGAGUGGGGUGUUUGAUACCACAUUCCAAAAUCACCUGAACAAAGCUUUGUGGAAGGUAGGGAAGUUAAUCAGUCCCGGGGCUUUGCUCUUUCAGCAGGAUAGGCAAUCAAAUCUCUCACAGAUUCCUGCCUAAAACCAAUGAUUGUAUUGUGGAACACUGGACCUGUGUAUGCUAUAAUUUAAUUUAGGACAUGUUUAGAUACACUACCAAUGCAUUGCUACUUUUUAAUAGAGCUAUAUUUCUAGUAACUGGCAUUUUUAACAUAGCACUAUAUCUGUUCUUGACUUUGUCUAACAAAGAACUGUUUUAUUCUUAAUGGACUCCAUUUGAAUGGGUGCCUUGUUGUCAUUUAACACAUUUGUCUCUACUUUUCCCUGUACAUUUUUCUUUUGUAAUUUGUGACAUAUACCCUUAUGAUCACUCUGUAUUUUUUUUUGAUCACUCUGUAUUUUUAAGUAAUAAAAUAGUAUUUGUUGAA